ACAGACAGACAUCAUGGAACCCAGACCUCAGAAGAGUCCAGGCAAACCAUUGGCAUUUUAUUAUGAAAAUGAAGUCUGCAAACAAGAUUACUUUAUUAAAUCCCCACCUCCUCAGCUUUUCUUCUCUGCUUCUUCUUGGAAAAGGCGGUUUUUCAUUCUUUCCAAGAGUGGGGAAAGGAGCCUUCGUCUCUCCUAUUACAAAGACCAACAUCGCCGAGGGUCCAUUGAAAUCGACCAGAAUUCCAGUGUAGAAGUUGGCAUACAUGGCCAGGAAAAAAUGCAAUCUGUACAGAAGAUGUUUAAAUGUCUCCCUGAUGAGGUGAUGUCCAUACGAACUACUAACAGGGAAUACUUCCUCAUUGGCCAGGACAGGGAGAAGAUUAAAGACUGGGUCUCCUUCGUGUCAUCAUUCUGCCUCGGGGGAGAGACAGCACGCCACAGCCCACAGCAGGAGAAAUUCUCUCUGAGCGGUAAAAGGCCCUCUUCAGACCCCAGCCCUCUCCUUGUUCCUUCCAGCACAUCAGAUGCGGUCGGCCCCACCACACCGAGAAACAGUCUUCCAGACAUGCAUUUAAUGGAAAAAAAUUCUCCAGGACUCAGACAAGCCCAUUUACUACAUGAUUUCUUGUCAGAGACUACAGAAGAUACAGAAGAAGAGAGUUAUUAUGUUAGUCCUAAAAGCAUUCUUUUAGAGUUGAAUACUUCCGUUGCUUCCAAUGACUCUGGUGAAUCUGCCAAGGCUGACAGUCUAGACCAGUUCUCCGAGACAACUGAGAAUCACUACAUGUCCAUGAAAUCCUAUGUUUUCAGAGAGAUGUCCCACGAGACUGCUGAUAGCAACAAGGAAUCCCAGGCCCUUCCAGAGAUCCAGAGCGGGGGACUUCACUUACAAGAACAAGACUCACAAAGUGACUCUUGUCUUCCACCUGCCAAUAUGGAAGCACAGACCGUGAAUGACAAAAAGGGGUUGGCCUCGCUUACUGUUGUGCAAUUAUCUAUUCUAAUCAAUAACAUCCCUGAUGAAGGCCAAGUGGAGCAACUAAAUGUGUUCCUUUCUCCUUCCGACAUCAUCAAUUAUCUCACUCUCACAGAAGCCGCAGGUCAGAUAUGUGUGGCUCAGUGGCAAGGCCCCCCACGCCUGGGAUGCUUAUUUUUUCACGGAGAUCAUCUUUUGGCCGUGAAUGACCUGAAGCCCCAUGGCCUGGACGAGGCCUCCUUGUUUCUCAGCCGGUCUGUCCAGAAGGAGAAAAUAAAACUCACCAUCGGCCGGAUCCCAAAUUCGGAGAAAUUUCAUGCUGUCUCCUGCACGUGCUCCUUAAAAUAUGAGCGUGUUGUACCUUGUCAACUGGAUAAGUCUGGACCUGGGAAGACACUGAAGAGGAGUCCGGCCAUUAGAAAGGGUCAGUGCAAAGGAAGUGGAGAGUAACAGGCCAAGACCCGCAGAGGAGCAAAGAGGGUCCCUGGACUCUGCAGGGGCUCUGCCCCUCACCGCUGUGUGAGAUGAGGCAAGUUAACACAGCUCUCUGAUUUUCGGCAUCUCCAUCUCAACGGCGGGGAUAACUCCCCUCUCUGGCUAUUUGCAUCCGGGAUGUUGAGAGGGCCAAGGGUGGUAAUGACUGUGGAACACAGAGGAAAUGGAAGGCCUCAAAUUCUCAGACUUUGUCCCACACACCACCGAGAUUGGGCAAGUCCCUCAUCUAAGAUGAACACGGUGUGUUCUGUGAGGCGGUACCCCAUGUAAUCCCUUCUCUGUUGGGAACAUACGGUUGGAAAUGCUCAUUCCAGGAAUGCAAGGUUCCAGAGAGAUGUGAUAUCAUAUCAGUCCUCCCAAACACCUUCUGCUCCUUGUCAUGCCCUUGAUCCAAAAUGCCAGGCAGAGUAGCCUCUUGGACUCAAUAAUUAUCUUGUUUUCUUAAAGACCCAGUAACUAUUCUAGAAGUCAAAGCAGUUUCAGGUCAUAUACAGUAAAGAUCUCUUUUCUCUACAAGGAAUUAAGGCAAUGACUUAACACUUCUGAAUUUGAAAGGUUUUAACUAAUUGAUACAGUAAUUGAUCCUACAGGCCAAAAACAUCAAGUCUUUUUUCAUAAACAGGAAAACGGAGGCAGAGAGUGAAAGGACUAAUCAAAUCUGGGAACAUUAGAGCAUAAGGAGGUUUCGGGAAAUAUGUCUUACCACGUUGUCAUUUUGUGCCGGAAGACAUCAAGGCCCCAAACGUUUAAUACAAACAAAACAGAAACAGGCUCAUAAAUACAGAGGACAAACUGGUGGUGGCCAGCCAGAAGGAGGGGACAGGAGAAGUAGGCAAAGGAGAUUAAAAGGUACAAACUUCCAGUUAUCAAAUAAGGCAGUCUCCGGGAUGGAGAGUGCAGCCUGGGGAAUAGAGCCAAGAUACCACAAUAAUAUUGUUUGGUGACCACACUUACCUGUGGUGAGCAGAGCGUAAUGUACAAGAUUGUCGAAUCACUGUGUUGUAGGCCUGAAACUGACAGAACACAGCAUGUCAGAAAGGAACAAGAGUAAAACUGUAUCCUCUGUGGUUCCCAGUUCCAUAGCUGUAUAGUGGCAGAACAAGAAUCUAAGAAAUCUAAGAAUCUGAGAAACAGAUGUCCUGAUCUUCACUUUGUUUUUGGACUGAGGUUUGAAAAGACCUUCAGCAGACAGAAGACAUAUCCAAAUACAGAUCUGUUAUCCAGAUUGUCUAAAAAUCCUUACCUCCUGUUUCUUUUUUUAAGCUGGAUUGAAGACUCUGCUUUCUCCCUAGUUUUAUUGAAAUGUCAUUGACACAUGGCAUGGUAUCAGGUCAAGGUAUACAACGGAAUGAUCUGAUGUGUGUGGAUUCACCUACUGUUUCUACUUCCAGAAAUCUGUCCAAUGGAAAUACUCACCCAACCCAGAUUGCUCUGUAAUGUUCACUGCAGCACUUUUUGUAAUAAAAAAUAAAUUCUUUAGGAAUUGCUUAA